AUGGUGGUUGAAAGCACAAAGGUUUACCGGUACGGCACUCAGUCUGUUCGUCAGAUGGUGAAACACUAUGUGCUGAGUGUUCCGAAAUCCAAGGUCAAGUGGACAGAGCCAAUAGUGUACAUUCACGGUGGUGCUUGGGUCGGAGAGACACAUACCUAUGACGAGUUCAGCCCAUUGAUCAACAGAUUGGACCGACAAUUGAACAACGGCGAGUACAGUCUAUCACAGGAGACGACACAGAUCGAAUUUUUUGCCAUUGAUUAUAGACUUUCGCCGGAAAUUGUCCAUCCGCACCAUAUCUUGGAUGUUCUGGAAGCACUGCACUUUAUCCACCAAUUGGGCACGAAACAGGUUUCUGUGGUUGGCCAUUCUGCCGGGUCCACGAUGAUCACACAGAUCAUGGAGCACGACAAGUUCUUAACCGCGUACGACAUCAAUUUCACCAGCCCUAUUCCUUCCCUAACUUCUGUGGUGUUUCUGGAUGGAAUCUACAGUAUCAAGACGAUGCUGGAAGAAUACCCGUCCUACGAACAAGAAUUCGUGUCAACUGCAUUUAAAACAGAGACAGAUUGGCUCGAUAAUUGCAAUAUGGUCAAAGAUGACCUGACCACAGAGGAAAAAGCCACCAUCAAGGCCAAGUUUGAACGUCUCCGUUCAGUCGUUGUAACUCAUAGCACCAAGGACGAACUACUAAGCACUAAACAGCCAGAAACGUUCUGUUCAUGGCUCGAGUCGCUGCCGUUCACAAACUACAAAUACAUCGUGCAAGACAUGGGACUUCAUAAUCAAACUUACGAAAGCGACGUGCUACUGUCAAUCAUCGUUGAGCAUGUUUUAAAUUAA